AUGAACACAGCUACGGCAUGUCUUGCCUGCAAGAAACAGCAUCUCAAAUGCGUCUGGGGUCCACAAGUUCCUGGAGGAGGUACACAGACAUGCCUUCGAUGCGUUUCGAUGGGCAAGGUUUGCGACACAGCGCCCGUUUUUCGCUUCAAGCACUCAACUACGUAUGUCUCCCCAACAGCUAUUGCGUAUCAUCGCGAGGAUUAG